ACAUCCGAUGAGGUGAGUGAAUUAGACCUAUACCCUAGAAAUCGCUGUAUGACAAACAGUCCCCCCACCGCAUAAGCAGAGAACUUGCGAAAUGUAUUCCUGGGAAAAUGUUAUGCGCAGUCGUGCAAUCACUUUGAUCAUUGUGGCGUCACAGUCAGUGCAGUCGAUGCAGGUGUAUUUAGAAGCGUGGGUGUCUUGUAAACGAACAGCAAAAUCACGAAUACGGAAGUGUUGGUAUGAGAAAGAGUUACUAUGGUGAACUGAUCAAGCCAAACAGCAACAACUUAAAAGAAGAGCACAGCUAGAGACAUGAUAUAGGGAGUAGAGAUCAGGGGUCCCUUGGCCAGUGAAGGCCAGUGUCUCUAUGGAGGCCCCCAAGCCCCCAAAGUGUGUCCAGCCGGGGCAGAGUGAGGAGGGAGAUCGGGGAGCUGAUGGAAGCCCAACACCGUGCAUUGACAGUGAACCUCUAGGAGAGAGAGACCCCAGUAAAGACCAGCAGAGCAAAGCCCUAUGCCAACAACACACUCAAAUGUUCCUGAACCUCACCACAGAGAAGGGCCUACAGCAAAUACCAUCACCACCAGGUGAGGGAAGAGUGAGGCGCAGCUUGCUCAACCUGCCCAUCAUCAACCCAGAGAGGCUGCGGACAGCAAAAGUACUGGUCGACAAAGCUGUAAAGAUGCGUAUGGUGUUCUCCAUACAGGGUCCAUACCCUGUGGUUCGGGCUGCCCUGAAGGCGAGGGGUUGGGUAGAGCGCCGCCUGCCUCGGCCAAACCAGCACUGGAGCCGGUGCCGUGGAGAUGAUGGGAAUGAUGCUGAUGACAGUGAUGAUGACAAUGACAGCCCAGACGACAGAGAGGAAGACCCAGAUGACAUGUAUGACCUAAUGGUAAUAGAACGGAAGUGUGUGUGUGUGUGUGUGGUGGGGGGGGGGGGCACAGUUUUUAUGUCUUUCCCCUGCCCAUCUAUCUUACAGUCUCGCAUGGUGAGGAACGAAACGUCAUAUUUCUAUUGGACGACGCGUAGAGAGACAGUGGACAACCGCUCAUUGCGAAAGGAACAGAUGACCAAUCACUAUGCCAAAGCAGGCACCUUCACCACCAAGGUUGGGUUGUGUGUGAACCUAAGGAACCUGCGUUGGUUUGAUGCUGCAGACCUUGACUCCUUCUUCCCACGCUGCUAUAGGCUGGGGGCAGAGGAUGAGAAACAUGCCUUUAUCGAGGACUACAGGAGGACAGCAUGCACCAGCCUUAUACAGUGUGUUGUGGAGAGGAUUCGGGGUGAGCGAGGUGAGGGAGAGGGAGGUGGCACAGCUGGAUCAACUCACCAAUCAUGUCAAAGUCAGAAAAAAGCAUGCAAGCGUCGAGCCAUGUCAUUGGUGGCCUCCAGAAUGAUUGACAGUGCACUAAAAGUUUGCCAGGACUUCCUGGACAGCUUGGAACACAAUGACAUAGACAUUGCCUUGGAAACACCACCAUCCCUAACAGAACAAGAGUGGCUGGAGUUCAUCCACAAUUACUACCUGGUUGUCCAUGAUGGUGUAGAGAUAGAGGAGACUUUUCACUAUUUGAACAGCUGUCAGGCUAUGUUGCGGAAGCUUCGUGAUGUCAAUCCACAGCUAGACACAGAUGGCAUCCACAACAUCUGGAUAGUCAAACCUGGGGCCAAGUCCCGGGGCAGAGGCAUCAUGUGUGCCAAGCGGCUGGAUGACAUCCUGAGGCUGGUGGACAGUGACCCAGCCCUGAUCAAGGACAGUAAGUGGGUGGUGCAGAAGUACCUGGAGCGCCCCCUGCUGGUCCACGGUACCAAGUUCGACCUCCGCCAGUGGUUCCUGGUGACUGACUGGAACCCUCUCACUGUCUGGUUUUAUAAGAAGUGCUACCUACGCUUCUCCACCCAGCCAUACUCAGUUGAGACACUAGACAGUUCUAUCCACCUGUGUAACAACUCCAUACAGAAGCACUUUCAGCCCUCCCAGCAGCGUCACCCAGAGGUGCCUGAGGACAACAUGUGGUCAUGUGACCAGUUCCGGGCCUUCCUGUCUGGACAGGGCCGAGCAGCACAGUGGUGGUCUGUGGUGGUCCCAGGGAUGAAGAAGGCUGUGGUCCACGCCCUGCAGACUGCCCAAGACCUGGUGGAGUCACGCCGAGGGAGCUUUGAACUCUACGGAGCCGACUUCAUGCUAGGUCGUGACCUGAGGCCAUGGCUGAUAGAGAUCAAUGCCAGCCCCACCAUGGCCCCCUCUACAGCAGUGACAACACGCCUGUGUGCAGCCGUGCAGGAGGACACUCUACGGGUGGUCCUGGACCGUCGGUUGGACCGAGGGGCACACACUGGGGGCUUUCAGCUUAUAUACAAACAGGCAGCAGUGGAGGUGCCUCAGUAUGUAGGGGUCAACCUGCUUGUUGAGGGCUCCCAGAUCAGACGGCCCCGCCCUCCUCCUCAAAAAGCCUCCAAACCCUCUAAGGGUCGUACCAACCAACCAGCGCCCAGACGCCCUCCUCAAAGCCAGGAGUACGAGGCUGUGGCAGAGAAACCCAAGCUGGCCCCCUCUAAGAAGGGUCUGAAGUCUGAGGUACGACACCUUACCUUCUCUGGCUUCAGAGUCCAGACCCCACUUUCUACUGAGAGGCCCCUGGCCGGGGAGCCCUGGAGGCUGCAGCGUCUGGGCCUGGUUGACUCCCUCCAGCUGCCCCCCAGGGCCCAGUCCCGCUCUAUGGACUGCUGGCGGAGACCCCAGGUUAUUGUGCCCUGGUCAGGGCGAGCACGCCCCUUUGCUACCCCUGAUAUCUACAAAGGCCCUGUCCUUCCCUUGGAGGUCAUCAGCCUUCAAGACCCAGACAGGGAGCCCAGUGCCCUGCUUGUGCCCACUCCUCUGGUCCAACAUGCUGAGUUCAGGUUCCAGAAGUUUUUCAGGCAACAGAACCUCCAUCGUAGGGUGAUCAGGACCACAUGUGUAGGGAGAGGAACUCACAAGAGCUCGUGACAUGGAUCGGUUAUUGAACCAUUCACUGACUGCUGCCUGAUUUUGAAAGCUGUCUUUUUGCACUCAGCCAUUGUAGGCCUACCUCAUCAUAAUAAAGUCAGUAUUGUAUCCACUUA